UAUAUAGUAUUCAGUUAAGAACUGCAACUCAUGACCAGAUCAUUCUCAGCCAUAGCAGGAUGCUGUCUAUAGGAAAAUAAUCAAAAACUGUGUAUGUAUAUGUAUAUCUGUUCCUGGCAAAGGUAAAGUCCACCCUGAACAAAUUUAAAUCUGUUUAUAUUGAAAAAGCUAUGAUGUGCUUAGUGAUUUAGGUUUUAAUUCAGUGGUCAAUGCUGUAUUUUUGUUAUUCCCGUGAGAAGUUAGGUUAUAUGCCACGCUGACAUCACAGGGUGAUGUUUCUAGUGCACUUGUGCUGUGUUCAAGGUGAAGUCGCAACUUGUAAUUCCUCGCCUACAACCAGGAAGAAAAAAAAAACUGAGAAUACAACCUCAAGUUGAAAUUUCAACUCGCUAACUUGAGGUAGUCUUCUCGACUACCAGUUCUUUCCCUGUUUACGGAAUAACAUCAAAUCAACAUGGCCGCUCAGAGUGAGAACAGUGUACUGUUCCCCUUCUCUACUGUUAAAUUAGUUUAUAACAGUAUUGGUUUUCGAUCAGUUAAUAUACUUGGUUAAAUCUAUAAUGUUGGCCGUACUAAUCGCUGUUUUGAGAAGGUAAACAUAUCAUCAACAUAUUUUUUAUGAUUAGUAAUAACUAAGGUUAUAACGCUUUGUAAAGUUUACAAGGUGCCACGAACGCAGCAUUACAAUGGCGUUUAAUAGGAGAAAGAAAUUCAAUGUCAGACAUUCAGGUUUUGAAGUUAGCUCUUAAAAACAAAGGCAUGAGGGCUUCUUUUCUCACCUCAACAUUUUUAAACUAUGGUUGACGUCAUUAAUGAGAAAUCCGAUUCAGUUGCCCCGAGUCACGGCAGACACUCGACUUGCGAUCUGUGAGAUGACGAGCACAAUGGCAGUGCUUCAUGAAAGUUGUUUGUACAGAUGAGGAAGUGAGAGAGCUAAAGCUCUGCUGCAUCACUCUCUUUAGGUAGAAAUGAAGUGAGAGCUAAAUCCCACUGGUGCCACUAGUCGAACGGCAUUGUUGGUAAGGGAGGAAAACGUUUACCAAUAAAAAAGAUCAACAAGUCGAUGAAAGAAUUUUAAGCGAACACAGAAUUUCACUACGAAAUAAACCUUGGAUGCCAUUGAGGAUCGCAUUAAUAAUAAGAUGAUUAAUAUGCAAGUCAUUCAGGGUGGAUUUUUUUUUUUUCCCUUGAAGGUUGAAUUAAUACCAAUGCUAAGAAUAGACAUUACACCAGUCUAUCUUGUUAAACAGUGUAAUUUAAUACGAUGUUCUAAUAUGUUAUCUAAUACAUUAUAAGGAAGAGCAGUCAAAUGUAAUCCUGUUCCUUUAAAUUUAUGAUGCAGGAAAAGUUUCCAAGAGAGAAGUUAAUGUUGGUGAGGGAUCAAGUGUUAUAGUUACCAUGACAUAAGUGAUCAGAAAGACUAACUUGUUUUACAGCAACAUUGUGUAACUCUAAAAGGAUAAAAAUUACAGUGUGUUCUUUAAUAAAGGAAACUAUAUAGCAGUGGUGGUAUAAGCACCCUUACUUCUCUCCCAUGGAGCAUUCAUUUCUGUGGUUUCAUUCACUGGUGAAAGUACAGUCAGCUCCAGAAUUAUUGGCACCCUUGGUAAAGGGUUGAAAAAUGAUUAUGAAAAAAUUUCUUUGUAGUUAAUUGGCUUGGGUUAAUUGAAAGUACAGUCAGCUCCAGAAUUAUUGGCACCCUUGGUAAAGGGUUGAAAAAUGAUUAUGAAAAAAUUUCUUUGUAGUUAAUUGGCUUAAUCUCAAAGUGAAAAUCUAAGAGAGAGUUGUAACCUUUAAUUGAUGUAAAGUUAUUCUAAAGACUGUCUUCAGAUCAUCCCACAGGUUUUCUGUGAGGUCAGCAGACUAGGAAGACCAUGGAAAAAGCUUGCUUAUUUAGUCACAGAAGCAUUUUUGUGUGGAUUUGGAUGUAUGUUUUGGAUCAGUUAUACUGCUAGAGGAUCCAGCCACAACCCAGCUGUAACUUCCUGGCAGAGGCAACCAGAUUUUCGUUUAAAAUCUAAUGGUCCUCUGUGAUGACUUGUGUUCUAACAAGAUGUAACAACACAGAGCUUCCACCAGACUUAACAGCUGGGAUUAGGCUCUUUUCUGUAUAACCGUCCUUCUUUUUACAGCAAACUCACGUUGAGUGCUUGUUGCCUGAAAGCACCACAUUUGUCUCAUCUGACCACAGAACCUGGUUUCAGUAGCGUCUAGUGAAAUCCAGACACUUUCAUUUGUGGUUAGAUGAAAGAAGAGGCUUUUUUCUUGAAUUGCAGUAGACAUGACACUUGAUUGCAUCACAGUAAUAUUUCCCCUCUCCUAGUACUUUAAUCGAAUAUCCUUUCAUUAACUAUUGCGGAUUUUUGGAUAUUAAAUUUAGUCAGAAGGCAUACAGCUUGAUCUACUUUAUUACUUCAAUAAUUGUUAUCUAAUAUGUGCACUUCUAAACCAUUGUCAUCUAUUGCGGCUCUAAUGACCUAACUAAAUCCGAGUUUAUUUAUGGGCUUCUUUCUGUUUCGUGUGUGUUAGUUUACAGUGGAGUCAAAAAGUCUGAGAUCACAUUGAAAAUCUGGGAUUUUUUUUUUUUUAAAUUGGAAAUAAAUAAAGUUUUAGAAUUGUGAAGAAUUUCAAACAAAGAAAUGUUAUGAAGACAAAAAUGAAGAGGAUAUAUUCAAGAAUCUGCACUUCUAGGUCACUAUUCAAAUGGAACAAAUUUUGGAGAUGUUUGAUCAUGCUUAUGGCAGUUACAUGAAAUAUGCAUACCCAGCUGAUGAGCUGAUGCCUCUGAGCUGCAGAGGGAGGGUUCGAGGGCUGGAGCCAAAUCGUGGAGACAUCGAUGACUCUCUGGGAAAGUUCUCUCUGACACUGAUUGACACCUUAGACACACUAGCGCUGUUGAACAGGAUGGAUGAAUUUGAAGAGGCUGUGAAGAAGACCGUUACAGACGUCAGACUGGACAACGAUGUGGUGGUGUCUGUUUUCGAGACCAACAUCCGUGUGCUGGGAGGACUGUUGGGGGCGCACGUGAUGGCUGACCUGCUAAAGCAGCGGGGGGAGAAGAUGCAAUGGUACAGAGAUGAGUUGCUGCACAUGGCCAAAGACCUCGGCUACCGCUUACUGCCUGCCUUUAACACCACCAGUGGCCUUCCGUAUCCAAGGGUGAACCUGCGCUACGGGGUUCUGAACCCUCUGUCCCGCACAGGCACUGAGACAGACACCUGCACGGCCUGCGCCGGAACCAUGAUCUUAGAGUUUGCUGCACUAAGCCGACUCUCGGGGGAAUCUGUGUUUGAGGAGCAUGCACGGAAAGCUCUGGAUGUCCUCUGGGAGAAGAGGCAAAGAGGAAGUAACCUUGUGGGCACAGUUAUUAACAUCCAUAAUGGAGAUUGGGUCCGCCGGGAUAGUGGUGUUGGAGCUGGAAUAGACUCUUACUAUGAAUACUUGAUGAAGGCGUAUAUUCUGCUGGGAGACAAUGUAUACCUCGAGAGGUUCAACACUCACUACAGUGCCAUAAUGAAGUACAUCAGCCAGCCGCCUCUGCUGCUCAGCGUGCACAUGCACAACCCCACGGUGAACGUGCGCAGCUGGAUGGACUCCCUACUGGCCUUCUUUCCUGGACUGCAGGUUCUAAGGGGAGAUCUGAAACCUGCUAUAGAGACCCAUGAGAUGCUCUAUCAAGUCACCAAACAGCACAAGUUUCUUCCUGAGGCUUUCACCACUGAGUUCAGAGUUCACUGGGGUCAACACCCUCUGCGGCCAGAGUUUGCUGAGAGCACUUACUUUCUUUACAAGGCUACAGGUGACCCGUAUUACCUCAAAGUGGGCCAGUCUAUAGUCGAGAAGCUAAACACUCACGCUCGGGUCCCUUGUGGCUUUGCUGCAGUGCAGGAUGUAAGGACGGGAACACAUGAGGACAGGAUGGACUCCUUCUUCCUGGCUGAGAUGUUUAAGUACCUCUAUUUGCUCUUCUCUGAGAAGAGUCAUUUGCCUUUUGAUAUUGAUGACUAUAUCUUCACCACUGAGGCCCAUCUGCUCCCAGUCUCUCUGUCUAAUGCACAGACUCCCUGUAAAGGCAACAGCACGGGCCUUUACACUGCUCCUGAGGAGGACAUGUUUACAUUUUCUUGUCCCAGUGCUCAGAUCCUGUUCCCUAAUAACCCAUCUUUUGCCAAGACCAUCAGGGACCGUUACAAAUACCUCACCGGGGUCGGCAGGCCACCCCAUACCUCUUCUUUCAGGGGGAUUGAGCUGCCUCUUCAUGACACUGGAAUCGAGCCAGUUGAGUUCCUGAAAAGCAUGGGCAUCUCUCUUACCCCCCUUGCAGAAAUGGCAGCGGCCAGCAGUGGCUCGGUGACCCAGGACACUCAGAAAGGUGUGUUUAGAGUAAAGCUGGUAGCCGAGGUCAGCCAUACACCUGAAGAAGAGGAGGUGGUGCCGCUUAUCGUGCAGCUCAUCUCCCCUCCAUUUUUGGGGAGAACAGUCCUGACAGCGGGACCAGCUAAAUUUGGAAUGGACCUCACCAAGCAGGAGCAUGGGGUCAAGGGUAGUAUAGUAAAGAGUAAUCCAUACACAGCGUGUGGACACAUAGAGAAUGCGUUGGAGCUGCAGGGCCACAUAGCUGUAGCUCUGAGAGGAGACUGCAUGUUUGCUGCUAAAGCUCGACGAUUACAGCAGGCCGGGGCCAUUGGAGUCAUCUUUAUAGACCAGCGAGAGGACAGCAGCAGUGCUGAGACCCCUCUGUUCCAGAUGGUGGGAGACGGGGAGUCUACAGAGGACAUCACGGUGCCACUUGUCUUCCUGUUCAGCCGAGAAGGGGCCAUUCUGACUGCUGCCCUGCAGGAGCACCAUAACGUAGAUGUCCUUCUUCUGCCUAAGGAGAGACAGCUGGGGAAAGAAAAAACAGAGAAACUGAACAUCAAAUUCCGGCUGGCCAAAGAGAACGAGCAUGAGGAGACGGCGGGAGAGAGAAGUACCAUCCGGCUGGUGCUGGAAGGAAAGAUGGAGCCUGAGGUAGAAGCUGAGCGAGUACCCGAAUCCCAGUCCCAGUGCACUGUGUUCUCUGCAGGGGAAAACCAGGAGUCCUGCAGUCCAGAGCAGAAAAAUCUUGAGAGUGGCCCAUGAUGCUGGAAUCAGAUUAGUACCUCGGCCCCUUCGUUCAUGCCCGGGCUGGUGCUAGCCUGUGGCUGAUCCGGGAUCAGAGAAUACGGCAAGACCUGGUCCCAACUGAUCGAGCUUGGUAUACACCAAGUCUCACAUGGACUGGACUGGUUUCUCCUCUCUUAUAUUGAAGAAUGAGGGUGACUCGUGUAAUUUGUAGUUAUUGGGCCAGUGUAUGGUAUAGAGCAAGUAGGAGAAGUAUGCAAAGCUGUAGUCUUACUUUCCUAUCUACUGCCAUGACAUACAUGUACUGUAGUGGUUGGGAUUGAUUCAUCUGAGUGAUUAACAGGUGAAAAAAACUCAUGGUUAAGAGGUGCACAGUGGGCAGUGAGCUAGAGUAAGACACACUCAGGCCACAAUACUUUUUUUUUUUUUUUUUUUUUUUCUCCAUUAGCAUUUAUUAAUUUUUGUCAUUAAGGAUUUUUUUGUCUGUCAGGUGACCACAGAAGGGGUUUCGUGGAAACAGCAAAGGGUUUGUUCAGUGUUCUGUUUAACUGUUUACUUAUUUUAAUAAGGACGCUUGAAAUCCAUGACUCAGGUCACUUAUGACCAAACCAGAAAUAUCAGUGUUGAAUACAUUGGGAACAUAAUGGUUAUACAGGGAAGAAUGGGCCAGCAUUCUGAACUUUAAGUUCAACCAUAUUUUAUUUUUCGAUACUGAAAUCAGGGAAAUUUAAAGUGCUAAGACUUGAACAUGUGCACGUCCACAUGCAUGCAUAACGUCACGGUGUGCAUCUGUGAAGACUUCAGUGUUCUUACACUAUGGACUGCCCUUGUGCCAACACUUGGUUUGUGUGUUUGUGUGUAGUUGCCUAUCGUUCAUACACCACAGAUGCAUUCAUUCCUCUCUCACAGACUGAAUGGUGACAAGUUGUUGAUGUUCAGGUAAUCGAUUGAUGGUUCUCAGAUUUGUAGCAGUUCAGUUUUACUUGAUCCUUUUCCAGCAUUAGGCCUUCCUGGGAUUACUUCUAUCCACUUCCGUUGUCCUCACAUUAAACACUAUAUUAAAUUAACUAUUACAUUGUUGAGACCUAGAUCAGGGGUAUGCAGCUAAAAUUUAUAAAGAUGCAGUUACACAAAAUUCUUUACUUGCAAAGGUCCGGAUAAGCAACUAAUAUGGCUGAAUGAUGUCCAGAUAUGUUUUAACGCUUUAGUUUAUGGCUAUAAAUAAGACUAUUUAAAGUGAAUUUGUUUUGUUUCGUAGUGGCGCUUUGUGAUAUCACUUUUAACUAGUGUCAUGGACUCUGAACAGAUGAGACAAAACUGUUUUGAAUUUGAUGCUUAGUAUUUAACAAUUUUGUUGCUGCCUUUUUUUUUUUUUUUUUUUGUUUUUUUAAACGAUUCAUGUUGUCAGUUCACAUGGACCAGAGACAGUAAAUAAAAUGAAAAAUCGAUGAAAAUCUGUGAAAACACUCUCUUUACGUCUCUAGCUGUGUAGCUAGUCUCUGGUCUGAUGAGCUGCCUUCAGAUAAAUAAUAAAUAAUUGCAUAAAUGCAUAUGAUUGAAUACUGAAAACUGCAGUCGCUGAACUGCAGCCAUUUUUUUCUUACUUUUAUCAGCUCUGCUACAGGAUGUCUUGAAGUAUUUAUUUCGGUCCGCUGAAACACAACAUUGGGUCCAAAUCCAGAUCACGUUUGGCCGGUUGAUGACCCCUGGUCUAGAGGAUAGGAGUAGAUCAGGCAUUCAGCAGCUAUUAUAAUUACACAGAGUAUGUUUCUGCAUUACCAACAGCUGUGUGUGAUUGUGUGUACAUAUGCAUAUGUGUUUGUGUUGACUACAGCCUGUAUGAAUCUGAAAGCAGGGUAUUGUCAAGUGGUACCUCUUUGAGGUAAUAUAAGCUUCCUCUGUCUUAUUUGUAACACAGAAAAUCAGACAUUGUGUAACACACAUAGAGACAAUUUUCAGUCAACAGCGUUUCUUGUUUCCUGCCUACCUGAGAAUACAAUCCUACACAAAA